ACGGUUACACUACAAUCGCAAAACUUACUUAACAUGCUGCAAGGUUUCCUACAAAGAACGUGUCUCUCGGCGCUGAACACAGCUCAAACGCUGUUCGUGCGCCAGAAGCAUGCCUUCGAUCGUGCUGUGCUCAAGCCCAAGGUGCGCUGUCAUUUUCCCAAACCCCGCGAGGUGAAGCGCAUCAAUGUCCACGGCUGGGAGACGCGCAUGUCAACGCCGGAAGGACGCAGAGUGCUGAUGCGACGCAUCCUCAAGGGUCGACACGAUCUAUCCCACUAGUCUAAAAUAAUAAAAUAAACCAUUUCUUGUUAUAAUCAA